AGUUAUGAACAAGAUAUACAUGAAGGCAUGCUGCCCAAGUCUCUCAGGUCACUCGUGAUCAGUACACCCAGGUUGUUCACACUCCACCCAGGCUCAUUACCAACCAAGUUAAAGACACUCAUUCUUGGGCCAUACUUUGACCAAUUCGGUGUGUUGAGCAUCAUCCCAAGGUCACUGCGUGUACUGAUGUUUGGACCACGCUUCAAUCAAGCCCUUGAGCCAGGCUCACUACCUCCCAAACUUCGUUCAUUGUACUUUAACUAUAGUUACCAACAAGUGAUCCAACAUGGUGUCUUGCCCACAACACUUCAAACCUUGAACUUUGGACACUCUUUCAACCAGCGUAUCAUGCCUGGGUCACUACCGCCAUCACUAAAGACCAUUAUCUUGUCAGAUUCAUUCAAUCAGAAGCUGUUGGCUGGCUGCCUUCCUGAGUCCCUCUCAUCAUUGUCGUUUGGAGAGAGCUUCAACCAUGACAGAGAGGCUCAAUGGAAUGUUGAGAAGCUAGAGUCACUGGGGAUUGAUCGAAUCGAUGACAUGCCAUUUCAAACACAGAGCGGAGGAUCACAAGUAUAUGGUUCCAGUUUCAAACAGUCACCCAAGAAUGUUGUCCUUCCAAGCAGUCUCACGACUCUGUCUGUGGUCUCAAUACAUCAACUCAUGUGGUUGGCUCAAUCUACAACAUCAAUGAUCAUUCUGGAUACGGUGGAGGUGCGUCAGGCUGUAUAUAUACAUAAUCCAAGGAUUCUUUCGGAAUUGAAGCCGUUGAUGAACAUAAGUAUCAAGACUCUGAUUUUUGAAAGACAUUAUUCUGUUACAGAAUCAUUGAGAUCCUUUAGGUUUGUUGCCAAUUUCGUUCCAUUGGUUCAAACUUAUAAGCAACACUUUCAUAUGCAUGGGCUGGUCUUUAUCAACAUUGCCACUUAUCGCCAUAUUGAUAACAACACCGCAUUAUUCCUUCAUCGAGAUGAAGUAUAUGAACGAUUAUACUAUGUCAAUCAUAAGCCAGGCAUUGAGCCAAAUACUUAUGAGCCAUUAUAUCAAAAGAAACAAUCAAACUCAUCAUUGUCCAAGUUUGGACGAUCAAUCAAACAACUGUUAAUGAUCAAUAAACUUCCAAAGAAG